GUGCAGUAUAUAUAUAUAUAAAAUAAAAAGGGAAUUAUAUAAUAUCUUGAAGGAAGAGAAGCAUCUAAAUAUCUAAUGAAGAGAAUAAAAUAACUGAAGAGAUCUCUGAAGAUUGAUUUUGUUUUGUUUGUGUUUUUUUUGCUGUUUUUGUGAUUGUUUUUCUUUUUUUUCUUUUUUGGCUGUCGAAUCAACACCUCAACUUCUUCUCCCUUCUCUUCUUCUUCUUCCCUCUCUCUCCAUUCUCCACUCUCCAUUCUCUCUCUCUUCUCUCCUAUCUCCUGCUGCUAUAUAAUCCGUAUAUCCCAUCCCGCCGACCAAUCGGGCCCUGCGAUGUGUCUCACCACCCGCCCUCCUCCACCCACCCGCCGCCCAUCUAGCUCAUCCUCGUCGUCUCCUGUCUCGCCCUUAGCUUCUGGGCACAAUCGCCCCCAAUCGCCUCAAUCGCCUCAAUCGCCUCAACCGCCUCAAUCAAUCCAGGAUUGAUAUUUCAAACUUCAGACAAAUCUCAGUCGCUACAGAUUCUCCCUUGGCCGCCAUUGCUACCAUCGAUCACCAGACUUCUUCCCCUUCCUCUCUCACUUAUACCAAGUAUCCUUUUACUCACCUCUCGCCUCCUGAACUCCUCUUCCGCUGUGCCUUUUUUCUCCCUUCGGCCCGCUAAAACUCUUAUCCCUCCUAUUCCUGUUUUUGUCAAUCAAGAGACUUCGAACCCACCAAAGAAAAACUCGCAAGAUAUUCAAAGUAUAGCUCCUUCGCCGCAAACAUAGUCAUGCACAUACACUAUACAUAAUCUAUUAAUAAGAUAUAUACGCAUACAUACGGACCUGCAUACACACAAAGACGCAACAGGAGAUUCUGUGGAAGCGCGGCCACCGAGGCGGGCAAUAAAGACACAUACACACACACAUAUAUAUAUUCUUACAUACAUCUCCCUGUUCGUGGGUUGAAAGGGAGAGAAUUCCGCCCUCUCCCAUUCUUCCUGCUCCCCCGUAUUCGCCCUUCAUCCUGGCUUCAAAAUCUUCGAGGGAUAGCCGCUCUCCCGGUCCGCACCACCGAAGACGCUCCUCUGUCCGCAUCACCUCCUCCGUAAAACACCUCCAAUCCUCCUCCAAGCGGGCUCAGGCGGCAGCAUCAGCAGUAGCAACAGCAGCAACCACCUCCUCCCUUUCGCCUAGCUCAGGCUCCCUCCCCUCCAUCGCCUCCCUCCCGUCAGGCACCCCUCCAUAUCCGGGCCAGUCGUCCAUGUCCCUCUCGAGAUCACCCUCCCCCCGUCGUGGCGGAGGAUGGUCCAGCCCCGGCUUAACCAUCGGCGCCGGCAGUUCUAGAGGCUCCAGUCCGCGAAGGGGAUUCAACGACAUAGCAAACAGUAGCACAAGCAGCGGGAAUGGGGCUUUCUAUCCAAACGGUUCACCAAUCGCUGGCUCGGGUCCUGGCAACGGUGCGGUGACCUGGGCUUCCGCAAAGGCGAAAAGUGACCGCAUAGUCGGCUACCCUUCCUUUUCCACGCGAAACAAUGGCUUCUUUUCGAGACAGCGACGGAAAAUCUCCGCAAGCCUACCGCGCUUCCGUGUUAAUUCCAUGCUGGAUUACAGUGAGAAGGAAAAGCUGGGUCGCGGGCGAUGGCUGCCACGAGGGCUAGGCGACAUGCCCAUGCGCGCUCGUAUCAAAACUCUUCUAGGCAGCUUGAUUCGGCGGAAAAGGUUCAGAUACUUGCUCCUCCUGCUACUAACUUUUCUCUUUUGGCUGUUCUUCUCAACUCGCAUUAUACAAUCAUACCGCGCAUCCUCGAUAGGUGGGGGUAAGAAAAUCGUGAUGCUCGUGGGCUCGAAUAUCGGCGGAGGAGUCAUGGAAUGGAAAGGCGCUCGUGAAUGGGCAAUUGAACGGGAUAGUUUGAAAAACAAGAGGAAAUACGUCCAGCGCUGGGGCUACGAACUGGAAAUCGUCAAUAUGGUUACGAAGAAACGAUACGCACACGAAUGGCGCGAAGGGUGGGAAAAAGUCGAUGCGAUCCGCCAGGCUUUACAACGAUAUCCCGAUGCAGAGUGGUUCUGGUGGCUAGACCUCCACACCUACAUCAUGGAACCGACCUACUCCCUCCAAUCGCACGUCCUCAACCACCUCGAAUCCAAAGCCUACCGUGACAUCAACGUCUUCAACCCGCUCAACAUCACCCACCCCCCCACCGCGCCCUACCUCGAUCCCAUCUCCCUCUCCCGGACGGGCGACGACAAAACCUCCUCCAUAAACAUGAUCCUCACCCAGGACUGCUCCGGCUUCAACCUGGGCUCCUUUGUCCUCCGACGCAGCACCUGGACCGAGCGCCUGCUGGACAUGUGGUGGGACCCCGUGCUGUACGAGCAGAAGCACAUGGCCUGGGAGCACAAGGAGCAGGACAGCCUAGAACACUUGUACAUCAACCACCCGUGGGUGCGGCCGCACGUCGCCUUUAUGCCGCAGCGGCGCAUGAACUCAUUCCCGCCGGGCGCGUGCGGGGAUGGCACGGACAGGCGCUUCCACUACCUGCGCAAGGAGAGGGAUUUCAUCGUCAACAUGGCCGGCUGCCAGUGGGGACGGGACUGCUGGGGAGAGAUGUAUUAUUAUCGCCAGCUGGGGUACUUCCUGAAUCGGACGUGGUGGGAGCGGUUUAAGGAAGGCUUGGCGGACAUCUUUUUCAAAAUGAUUGGGAGGCCGCUGAAGAGGCAGUUCACAUAAAUUUACCUGUUUUUAUCUUUUAUGUUUCUUAUUUUCUAUCUUUUUUUUGUUUUCUCAUUCUGUUUAUCGAUUAUCCUGGUGAUAUUCCUUUGGAUUUUUCUUGUUAUUUUUCUUUCUUUUCUUUUCUUUUUUCUUUUUUCUUUUUUUUUUUUUUUUUUAAAUAUAUAUAAAUUUCUUCACCUUUUCUUGUUCUUUCUUCAUUUCUCUCUUUUCGUCUGAUCAGG